AUGUCCCCGAAACCGAAUUCCAUGGCGCCUACUAAGAACGUGAGGAAAAUCAAAUCUGACGAUGAUGAUACAUCAACAGUUUCCACUUUGAUAACCACGUACACACCGUCUCAGGACUCCACCACUGGUUCCAAAACAAACUCGCCAUCCUACAUUGUCCCCGGCUUUGGCGAAUCCGUUCCCUGCCAUAACCAAGUUUUUGUAAUCCGCCAUCGCGCCUCCGGUCGCGCUAUCGCCAUCAAUGACAACGGGGACGUGCAUCUAGCGCUCUUCGCCGACGUGGGCACAACCCAAAGUUGCCAUUGGAAGUGCAUCGAGACGGAUGGAUGGCUGGGGUUCAAGCAUGAGGGCAGGUUUCUGGGACACGAUGGGCGAGGAGGAUAUCGUGCUGAGGCAAAGGCUCAUAACAAUUGGGAGUACUUUUGCGAGAAACGGGUUCCCGGGCUGGAAGGGGGUUCUUUGUUGAUGCAGCUGCGUGGAUGGGUUUUCGAAAAGUUAGACGUUGAGGGGGAGGGGGAUGGGUUGAGGUUGGUUAAGAAAAUGAGUGGGGGUGCGGUGUGGGAUUUUGUCAAAAUUUGA